CCGAGCGGAGCUUGAACUAGGGGUAAAGCCAGUGUGCGCAUGCGUACAGAGCAACGUGCCCAACCGGAAAAAGUGUGUCAAAUUAGGCGAAGGGAAGAUGGCGGACUCUUCGCCAGGGGACCCGGAAGCACUUACCCUCCACUUCCUCCUUCUCUAUGCCUUCUGUCUCACCUAGAGCUGUCCGGUCGUAGGCAGUCUCUGAGACGCUUCCUGUCCGUACUGUAGAAUCACCAUGAUUCUUCAGAGGCUCUUCAGGUUUUCCUCUAUUGUUCGGUCGGCGAUCUCCGUCCACUUGCUAAGGAACAUUUGUGCUUCAGCAGUGGCCUUUAAUAAGGAGCUUGAUCCUGUACAGAAAAUCUUCGUGGACAAGAUUAGAGAAUACAAGUCUAAACGACAGGCAUCUGGAGGACCUGUUGAUACUGGCCCAGAAUAUCAGCAAGAUCUGGAGAGAGAGCUUUUUAAGCUUAAGCAAAUGUAUGGUAAAGCAGACAUGAACACAUUCCCUAGCUUCAAAUUUGAAGAUCCUAAAUUUGAAGUCAUCGACAAACCUCAGGCUUGAAGAAAUAAUGUGAAAUUGACUUGGUAGUUUGUCAUGAUUUGUGACAUAAUACAUAUCAAAAUAAACAUAAAUUUCACAACCAUCCAUGUUCUUUUAAUUCUGAUUUCAAAUAAAUUAUUUGAUGAUGCUGAACCUAUA